AAUCCUCUCCACUCUAAGAAGCAGGGUGAGCCCACAAGGAGCAAUGGAGCAGGGCAGUGGCCGCUUGGAGGACUUCCCUGUCAAUGUGUUCUCCGUCACUCCUUACACACCCAGCACGGCUGACAUCCAGGUGUCCGAUGACGACAAGGCGGGGGCCACCUUGCUCUUCUCAGGAAUCUUUCUGGGACUGGUGGGGAUCACAUUCACUGUCAUGGGCUGGAUCAAAUACCAAGGUGUCUCCCACUUUGAAUGGACCCAGCUCCUUGGGCCUGUCCUGCUGUCAGUUGGGGUGACAUUCAUCCUGAUUGCUGUGUGCAAGUUCAAAAUGCUCUCCUGCCAGUUGUGCAAAGAAAGUGAGGAAAGGGUCCCGGACUCGGAACAGACACCAGGAAGACCAUCAUUUGUCUUCACUGGUAUCAACCAACCCAUCACCUUCCAUGGGGCCACUGUGGUGCAGUACAUCCCUCCUCCUUAUGGUUCUCCAGAGCCUCUGGGGAUAAAUACCAGCUACCUGCAGUCUGUGGUGAGCCCCUGCAGCCUCAUAACCUCUGGAGGGGCAGCAGCUGCCAUGUCAAGUCCUCCUCAAUACUACACCAUCUACCCUCAAGAUAACUCUGCAUUUGUGGUUGAUGAGGGCUGCCCUUCUUUCGCGGAUGGUGGAAAUCACAGGCCCAAUCCUGAUGCUGACCAGCUAGAAGAGACACAUCUGGAAGAGGAGGCCUGUGCCUGCUUCUCUCCUCCCCCUUAUGAAGAAAUAUACUCUCUCCCUCGCUAGAGACUAUUCUGAUAUAAUAAUACAAUGCUCAGCUCAGGGAGCAAGUGUUUCCGUCAUUGUUACCUGACAACCGUGGUGUUCUAUGUUGUAACAUUCAGAAGUUACAGCAGCACCCGGACAGCCUGACAGAGAUCAUUCAAGGGGGGUAAGGGGAAGUGGGAGGUGCAGUUUCUCAGAUUGGUAAAAAUUAGGCUGGGCUGGGGAAAUUCUCUCCGGAACAGUUUCAAAUUCCCUCGGGUAAGAAAUCUCCUGUAUAAGGUUCAGGAGGAGGAAUUUCACUUUUUCAUCCACCACCCUCCCCCUUCCCUGUAGGAAGGCAUUGGUGGCUCAAUUUUAACCCCAGCAGCCAACGGAAAAAUCACGACUUCUGAGACUUUGGGAGUUUCCACAGAGGUGAGAGUCGGGUGGGAAGGAAGCAGGGAAGAGAAAGCAGGCCCAGCUGGAGAUUUCCCGGUGGCCGUCCUUGGCCCCAAAGCAGACUCACUAAUCCCAAACAACUCAGCUGCCAUCUGGCCUCUCUGAGGACUCUGGGUACCUUAAAG